AUGGGCAAGGAAGACAAAAUGUACGAUAUUCUCUUCAACAUGAAGUUCGCAUCGAAGCAGAUGACGAAGAGCGCCACCGCGUCCGAAAAGGCGGCGGAGCGGGAGAAGCUGAAUAUCAAGAAAGCGUUAGAGAAGGGCAACCCUGAGGCGGCCCGCAUCUACGCCGAGAACGCGAUUCGCAAGCGCAACGAGGGCCUGAAUUAUCUCCGUCUCGCCUCCCGCCUCGACGCCGCCGCGUCGCGUAUACAAACUGCCAUGCAGAUGAAGAUGGUUACUAAGACUAUGUCCACCACGGUGAAAGGUAUGGACAAGAUUCUCACCUCCAUGAACCCCAUGAAGAUCGCAGAGGUGAUGGACGCCUUUGAGCAGCAGGUCGGCGAGAUGGACGUGAAUUUGGGCACAAUGGAUGCUGCCUUCGAGAGCUCUUCGGCUGGCACGGUCCCGGUAGCUCAGGUAGACUCGUUGAUGGAACAGCUGGCUGCAGAGAAUAACAUCGAUCUUAGUACGAAGCUUGGCAAUGCUCCGUUGGGUAACAGCAUCGCGAUGCCUGCGCGGAAGCAGGAUGUGAGCGAAGACGACAUUGCUGAGCGCCUCAAGGCGCUGCAGGCGCUGUAA